AUGGACGCCGGCGGUGGUCACGCCAUCUUCACGACGGAGUGCUCCCACACGUUCCACUUCAGCUGCAUCUCCGCCAGCGUCUGCCCGCUCUGCAAUGCGCCGCGGCGCGGCCUACCGUUCAUACGACCCACACCACCUCCACCUCCGCCGCCUCCGCCGGUGCGGCCGCAGCCAGAGACUCAUCCCGUUCCCUUCCGCCCGUGCACCAUCCCUCUGCGGCAGUCACCUCCCGUGCAUUUCAUGCACGGUCGGCCACCGCCGCCGGCACCGCGACCGACAUACUCGUGGCCACGCAUUCCCACGCAGCAGCGACAGCCGCCGCCACGGCCCGUGCAUUUCGUGCACGGUCAGCCACCGCCGCCGCCACCACCGCCACCGCCCAUGCGUUCCGUGCCACCACCGCCACCGCCACCACCGCCCCCGCGUUUCGUGCCACCUCCACCACUGAGGUCGUUGUGGCCGCGCUUGCCCACACAACUACCUCCGCCACCUCCACCGCUGCCACCACCCGUGCGUAUCAGGAAGGCUCAGCCACAAUGCAGCUUCGACGACGACGAGCAGGUUGGUCCCGCCUCUGGGCCGCCAGCUGGCAACCGGUCACCAGCCGCUGCAUCAAACGAAGCAGUUGUCGUCAAGACGCGCAGCGAGUACCCGGCCAUCGCCAGGGAUUUGUCCAGCGACAACUUCGCCGUGCUCAUCCACGUCCAUGCUCCUGGGAUGACCGACAUCACGGCAGCCGGUGGCGACGCGCCGCGCGCUCCGGUGGACCUUGUGACGGUUCUCGAUGUCAGUCACAGUAUGAGCGGGCAAAAGUUGACGCUGUUGAAGCAGGCCAUGCGGUUCGUCAUCGCCAAUCUCGGCGCCGACGACCGCCUCUCCGUCGUGUCCUUCAACACGAAGGCGCGCCGGGUGACCAGGCUCAUGCGCAUGUCAGAGGUCGGGAAGGCCCUGUCCGUGAGCGCUGUGGAGUCCCUCACGGCGGGGGGCUGCACCGACAUCGCCGAGGGGCUCCGUAUGGCGGCCAUGGUACUUGACCAGCGCCGGCACAGGAACGCCGUCUCGAGCGUCAUGCUCCUCUCUGAUGGCCAGGACAACUACAUCAUGAUGAGGCACCAGGAGCCGUCCGGCGUCCAGGCCAACGACUACGAGGACCUCGUCCCGCCCACCUUCGCGCAUACGGGCGCUGACGGCGAAUUGUCAGCACCGAUCCACACCUUCGGCUUCGGCAAUGACCAUGACGCGACCGCGAUGCACGUCAUCGCCGAGGCUACAGGCGGCACAUUCUCGUUCGUCGAGAACGAGGCGGUGAUCCAGGACGCGUUUGCACAAUGCAUUGGCGGGCUGCUCUCCGUCGUGGUCCAGGAGGCUCACAUCGCCGUCGCGUGCGUGCACCCCAGGGUCCGUGUCAUGUCGGUCAAGUCUGGCAGUUACGAGAGCCGCAUCGGCGAGGACGGCCGCGCCGCCACGGUCUGGGUCGGGGAACUAUACGCUGAUGAGGAGAGGCGUUUCUUGCUGAUCCUGACCGUGCCAAAAGCCGAAGCGACAGACGGUGACACCACCGCUCUGUUGAAUGUGUCAUUCAGCUGCAGGGACGCGGCGACCGGCAUGGACGUGAACGUGUCGGCCAAGGAUACACUGGUGGCGAGGCCGGAGCACGCCGCAGACGCGAAGCGGUCGGUGGAGGUUGAGCGGGAGCGCGUUCGGGUGGAUGCGGCGGAGGACAUCGCGGCGGCGAGGGCGGCAGCGGAGCGGGGCGAGCACCAGGAGGCGGUGGCGAUACUCAAGAACCGGCAGCGUGCAGUGCAGAUGUCAAAGGCGGCAAGCGAUGGCGACCCCGUGACCAUGGCGCUGGAGGCCGAGCUACAGGAGAUGCGCGGGCGCGUGUCAAACCGGCAAAGCUACGCGCUGUCUGGUCGGGCGUACAUGCUCGCCGGCAUCAGCGCGCACCAGCACCAACGCGCUACCUCGAGGCAGAUGAAUCUGGUGGAGGAGAUGCCGGUGGAAGCUAUGGCCGCACCGGCGACGGCGCCGCCAGUGAAGUUGGGAUCGAACGAGGCGACAUUGUCGUACGCGACGCCGGCUAUGCGCGCCAUGCUGCUGCGCUCGCGUAGGGCACGGGAGGCAUCGGCCGAGCAAGGACAGCAACUAGAAGCUGAAGAAGAAUACACAGGAAGCUUUGAACACGGUCAGCCAACGCCACAAUUGACAUCGGCGUGUCCCCGCUUGCCCACGCAGCUACGUCCGCCACCUCCGCCGCCACCGCUGCCACCUGUGCGUAUCAGGCAUGCUCAGCCGUCUACGAUUGUCUUUGACGACGACGAGCAUGGUGGUCCGGCCUCUGGCGAGGCCGCCAGCUGA